GACUACUGGUUACGCUGAGCUCCUGUGCAGAGCAGCCUUUGGUCCACUGACUCUCCCAGUGUGGGCGGUCAUACCCUGCCCAGUGUGAUAUGUGUUGCUAGGAUACGGUAUGCUGCUACUUUUGUGUUGCGUUGAGAGUGGGGGAAAUCCAAACAUUUGAGGGUACGGCAGGGAGUUUUGACGCUUAAUUUCAUAAUCUUAUAUCCUCAAGAGGAAAGCACUCACAAUGGAGAUAGUUCAUGUGUACACCAAGAAGCGCAAUGAGUUUGGGCGACAGUGUAAUUUCUCUGAUCGGCCUGCUGAGUUGCAUGUGGACAUCCUCCCUGAUCCUUCUCUGGCAUCCAACUUCAUUGAGAGAGACCCUUGCGAUAUUCCCAUACAGUGCACACAAGAGAUGUCCGAGCAUGAGGUGAACACUGAGCGCUUUGAGUCAGACACCAGGGGGAUAAACCAUGUGGAGGGAGGCUGGCCCAAGGACGUCAAUCCUCAGGAGAUGGAGCAGACCAUCCGCUUCAGAAAGAAAGUGGAGAAAGAUGAGCAUUAUUUCAGCACAAUCAUGCAGCUGGGCAGUAAUAUGGAGCAUUGCAUCAAACAAAACAAUGCCAUCAACAUCUACCAGGAGUACUUUGAAGAGGAGGAGGUGGUGGAGGAGUCCGAGGAGCAGCCCUCAGCCAAAACCAUCAAUGUUUUCAGAGACCCGAACGAGAUAAAGCGCACUGCCACUUGUCUGUCCUGGCAUCCCGAUGGCAGCUGUAAACUGGCUGUGGCCUACUCUUCACUAGGGUUCCAGAACAUCUCUCCAGACAUGAGCUAUGACUCAUAUAUAUGGGACAUUGAGAAUCCCAAUAAGCCAGAGAUGACCCUGAAACCGGUCUCUCUACUGGUCUGUCUGGAGUACAACCCCAAAGACUCUCACAUCCUGGUCGGAGGCAGCUACAAUGGCCAGAUCGCUUAUUGGGACACUCGCAAGGGGAGCCAGCCGGUGGAAAUGUCCACAAUAGAGCACAGCCACAGAGACCCUGUCUACAAAGUCAUCUGGUUGCAGUCAAAGACAGGAACCGAUACCUUCUCUGCAUCUACGGACGGCCAGGUGCUGUGGUGGGACAUCCGUAAGAUGAGUGAGCCCACAGAGAGGCUGGUACUGGACCCCAACAAAAAGGGCAACCUGGACAAUGCCUUGGGGGCAAUCUCACUGGAGUUUGAGACCACUAUGCCCACAAAGUUUAUGGUAGGGACAGAGCAAGGGCUGGUGGUCUCCUGUAACCGCAAGGCCAAGACCCCGGCAGAGAAGAUAGUGUGUACGUACAGCGGUCAUCACGGCCCAAUCUACGCCCUGCAAAGGAACCCUUUUUUCCCCAAGAACUUCCUGACCGUAGCCGAUUGGACAGCCCGCAUCUGGUCCGAAGACAUCAAGGAGUCGUCCAUCAUGUGGACAAAAUACCAUAUGGCCUAUCUGUCAGAUGGCUGCUGGAGUCCAGUACGACCCUCUGUGUUCUUCACCGUCAAAAUGGACGGGACGCUAGACGUUUGGGACUUCCUCUUCAAACAGAACGACCCCACCCUCAGUCUAAAAGUGUGUGAUGAGGCUCUGUACAGCCUGCGGGUGCAGGAUAACGGGCGCUUCCUGGCCUGUGGCUCUCAGCUGGGCACUGCCACCCUGCUGGAAAUCUCCCCAGGGCUGUGUACCCUCCAGAGGAACGAGAAGGCCCUAGCCACUGCGAUGUUUGAGCGGGAGACCAAACGGGAGAAGAUCUUGGAGGCGCGACACCGUGAGAUGCGUCUGAAGGAGCGCAGCCGCUCGGAGCAGAGCAAGGACGAGGACACCAAGGAGGGAGACGGAGAAGAGAGCGUCGAGGAGCUAGCAACUCGCACGGAGGCAGAGUUCUAUGAGAUAGUAGAAGCUGAGCUGAAGAAGAGAGCUAAGGAGCAAGAAAAAAAGGAGAAAGACGUGUGUGAAGAGAAAGAAGUCUGAGACAGAACACCUUAACAACACCAUGUUUCACAUGCUGUUUGAAAUGUAAUCUUGAAUCAAUCGAAUAAAAACAGCAAGGUAUUUUUUAUUAACAGAGAAAUAGACGUUCUCAGUGAGUCAUGCAGAACUCAUUAACAGGAUUGAGGUCCUGUUUAAUUAUUGUUAUUUAUAAAUCAUUAUUAGAGUUUUCUUCAUUGAUUAAAGGAAAUGUAUUUAGCUGUG